CGUCGAAUCUUCAAAAAGCCGGUGGUCCCCGGCGCAACCGGUGAACAACAAACUCAACCCCGAUCCUACCUGUUUCGCCGGUCCCUCCCCCACAGAGCCCAGCAAUUACGGGCACAGGAAAGCCGCAAACAACCUGCGCUCUCCGCAACCGUUCUGUACACUAUAGAGUGGGACUUGAAGUCGUGCUAGUGCAUAAGCUGUUGACAAUGUCAAGUCAGCCGGCGAGAGACAAGAUGGUGACCCGGCCUGAGCCGGAGGAGUCGGGCCUGAGCAAAGCCCGGAAGGCGUGUGUCAAUUGCAGGAAACAAAAGAUGAAAUGUAGAAUCGAAAAUGGGUCCACAUGUCGAAGAUGCCUACGGGCAGGAGUGCCUUGCGUCUUCGUACCGCGAGCCAACUCAGCAUCGCAUCGUGAAAGUAUCUCGCUUGCGUCCCUUCUGCAGGCAAACGAGCAGAGCCCGUUGUUAAACAAGUCCGUCUUCCUCCGUCUCAAACGAAUCGAAGAACACUUGGGGCUGCCGCCCUUCAGCAAUGUCGAUGAGCCCGAAUCGCCUCCGUCUCCAGGGAUGACGGUACUGGAGCCUGGGACGCCUGGGGAAAAUUCACUCGGCGCUCUGUGGGGUGCGGUAUCUGUGCUCAGAAGAAGCUGCUCCUCCAAUGUCAGCUCAAACAUAUGGGACAAGGCCAUGAUCAAGCGCCUAUGGCUGUCGUUCCACGAGUCCAUGCCGGGGCUGCACUUUCUCCCAACAAAACAGACGUUCUCGUCUCCAAGACCACUCAUGCUGGCCUCUAUGCUCUACUGCUCCAGCAUCAGGGGUUCACCAGACGUUGCCCUCUUGGCGCCGGAUUAUUUCACCGUCUUGUGCAGCGCCAUCUCCCAGCUGUGCAUACCGCAGAGCGAAGUCGGCCAGCCUCCCGACGAUAAGGCUUCCGCGGAAGAAUGGGCGUUUCAAACGGUGUUGGGUAUCAUACUCGCCGGCCUGCUGAGGGAAGCUGUCGUGAAAGAGACCGGGGUCUGGAUAUCCCUCGCGUACCGUCUCAUAUUGGAGCAUUGUCCCUCUCAUACCGAUGAGCGAUCUCGCGAGUGGCGACGGUUGUUCGCCGGGCUGCAGAUCGUGGAUCUUGAACAUGCGUCAAUCCACCUGUCGUGUCCUGUCAUUCCCAUCGAAGCGCCGCUUCCAAGACUGAAGAUCCCACUGCAGGAUCAGCUAUAUCGGUUGUCAAGGAUGAUGCACACAGGUUUAACUCACUUUACGGGGAGGGGCCUUCCGACAAUCUGGUCCUGCUUCGAAACCGAGCCCAGCGUGGCGCAGAUCUCUUCUGUUUCGUUCAGUGGGGUUGACGGCGCUGUGAUCCGCGACUGGGCGCGGCAGCUGGACGACUGGCUCGUGGAGUUUAGUGACAAGGACUUUGAGUCCGAGCACGAGAAGAAGCUCGUGUUCCGGCAGUAUAUCCUGCAUCGACUCCUUGUCUUGUCCAUAUACCACCCCGCCAGAGGCUGCAACCUGUUCUCGAACACGACCCCAAAAGAGCAGCACGAGCUUCUGGUCUCUGCUAGAGCGGCCGUCAAACUCCAGAUAUGCGACUCUUCGAUAUGGUCUAAUUGGGAUUUGGUCAUGAUCACGUGGGCUGCUCUUAUCGUACUUCAAGGAGUUGACGGAGGGGUAGGGGAACCUGAAGAUUUAGAAAACGUAGGCGUUCACCUGCAAAGGUUGAAGGAGAUGUACGAGCCAAAGCCCAGCCUGCGGGGAAUGCUGGCUGCCCGGCUCGAGCAGAAGCUUCAAGGACUUCACACGCCUGCGUCGGGGGAUGCCGAGGGUUUUGAACAAGAGAUUCGCAACUUGGACAACUCGUGGUACAUCUUUGACCAGUCUAGCCUUCAGGCUGGCUACAACUUGUGGUCGUAUGAGAACCAGGGCGGCUGAGCGCUAAUUCCACAUAGUCUUCUUCCCCAAUCUUUCAUACAUAACCGUUUCGGUACCGUAUAAGAGAUUGAAAUAUAGCACAGGUCGGAGCUGCUGCGUAUUGAGCUUUUACGUAUCGUGGUAUUACAUAUGUACCAGGUGAACUCCACUAGACUGCUUAUAGGGGUGUACAGCAACUGUAUCCAUGAAUUAAUGAAUAUAGUCGCUCUAAACCUCCAUAAGUGGUCUAGUGCAGUUCACCCAAUACAUAUGUAAUAUCACAGUAUGUAAAACCUGAUACAGGCCACCUCUGGCCUGUGCUAGAUCUUAAUAUCUUGAUAUGGCAUAGAACAUGUCACAGGACAGUGCCAGCCACCUGCA